UUUCGCGUUUCAAUUGCUGUUGGGCUUUAGUGUGAUUGUACUCCCUCGGCCACCGUAGUGCAAACACGUGUGAAGCUGUUUGCUAUGUUCUGUUCCUCUGUUGUAAGCUUGUAUAAUACUGCUUAAAUACACACUGUAACGGCGUCGUACGUUGCAUGCCUCCCGUAGUUGACGUGUUCCCGUGUCAUUUAGUGAUGAAGGGUCAGUUAUCAUGAGCGACAGUGACGAUGAUGUGCCUCAGCUCUCCGCGGCGACCCUCGCAGCGCUGCAAGACUUUUAUGCCGAGAGUGGAAGGACGGAACUGGAACAAAACUCCACCAAGACCGACAAGUUCUGUGUUGGUGCUGUAGAGGAAGACUGGCGCAUGAGUCAGUUCUGGUACAGUGAAGACACGGCCACACGGUUAGCAGAGGAAGUCAUGCAGCAGGCUGGAGAACAUGGCAGGAUAGCUUGUAUAAGUGCACCAAGUGUGUAUCAGAAGCUGAAACAGUUGGAAUCCACGAGGUCGGACAGUGUGUCUGCUGUUUUGCUGGAGUUUGACCGACGUUUCGCAGCAUAUGGAGAUGAGUUUGUGUUUUAUGAUUACAACAACCCUCUGUGCCUGCCUGAGGGUCUGCUUCCUCAGAGCUUUGACAUCGUCAUCGCAGAUCCUCCAUACCUGUCUGAAGAGUGUCUCGGCAAGGUGGCGCUCACCAUUAAAUACCUCACUAAGGGAAAAAUCCUGCUCUGCACAGGAGCUAUUAUGGAGGAGCCUGCUGGGAAACUUAUAGAUCUGAAGAUAUGCAGUUUUUUACCAAAACACAAUCACAAUCUGGCCAAUGAGUUCCGCUGCUAUGUUAACUAUGAAUCAAGCCUUCUCUCAUGAAAAAAGCUUCCAAUCUGCCAACAUUUGAGCAUUGUUUUUUUCCCAUGAAACAUCAGAUGAUCAUGUGGAACAAUAAAUACUCUAACUCCAAAUGGUUCAUAGCAAGAUCCAGAUAUUAGAGCGGAGGAUUUGGCCCUUCAUCAGAGAUCUGUGAUCAGUCUUUGAUGAUGCUUUGGCUGACUUGCAUUGUCAAUUGCACACCCAGCUUUCAGGCAUAAAAUUGAAGCAAACAAUUUCAGACAGCUUAACUUUGUUUCAAUGCAUAAAAUGGGCUAGAAGUGAAUGUUUGAAAUGCGUUUAUAUAUAAUAUACAAUACACAAGACUUUUGCAUUAUCAGUGGUGUUGUUGGUGGUUUGAAUAAAGUAAUCAUAGGAGAAUUGACAAAGUUAAGCUAAAUAAUAUGUCCUCUUGUAAAUGAUAUCCAUGCAUGCUUGCCUUUAACAGAAGCAUUUCUAGUGAUCUCCUGUAUACUUGAAAACAGUUUAACUAUAUUAAGUUAUUUAAAACCAUGAUGCUGACUGGCUUUUCCCAAGUACUUUGGAUUAGAAAAUGUUUGUAUUUUGG